AAAAAAUGCUUGGAAAUUGGAAUAACGUUUUGUGAAAAUAAAAAUCAGUAAACGCACAAAGCCACUAAGGUUUAGGGCACUCAACUCAAGUGGAGUGAAGUGGCGACAAACACCGCACUCCAACGGCACUGAGCCAGGACCACACCGGUGGUUUGUUACUUAACUGAAAAUCACCAUCAUUUCACUCUUCUCCUUCUAUAACCCUUUCAUUCCAACGUCCUUAAAACUAUGGUUAAAUUGAGUUUGUUUUCUUCGAUAUUUCGAUGGUUCUAUAAGGCUACAUCUAUUUUUGUGGUUUGCUGAUUCGUUGCGUUGUUAUGCAAUAUGGAAUCCCAAUUAAUUGAUGGUAAUGAUGAGAUGGAAGUUUCUGGGGAUGUGGGUUUGAGUACGUGUGAAGUUCAGAUGCAUCAAGAAACAUAUGAAGCUGGGUUGCAAUUUCGGCGGAUCACACUGGAUUGCCGUGGAAGAUUGAGACUCGGGUGCAGUGCAGUGCUUUUUGUGAGUCUGUUUGGAUGUUUUUCUGUGGAUCCAAAUGAGGGGUGUAGAGUACUAGAGAGUUCUUCUUGGGGAGAGUUGGGUAUCUGUGAAGAUCAUGCUAUUCAGGAACCAUAUGAAGGCAUGGAAUUUGAAUCUGAAGAUGCUGCUAAGCUAUUCUAUGAUGAAUAUGCCCGGCGAUUAGGAUUUGUCAUGCGUGUGAUGUCUUGUCGACGCUCAGAAAGGGAUGGUAGGAUUCUUGCCCGCAGACUUGGAUGUAAUAAAGAGGGUUAUUGUGUCAGCAUCCGAGGUAAAUUUGCGUCAGUUCGUAAACCUAGGGCAAGCACAAGGGAAGGUUGUAAGGCAAUGAUUCAUAUCAAAUAUGAUAAGUCUGGAAAAUGGGUGAUAACAAAGUUUGUGAAGGAUCAUAAUCAUCCAUUAGUAGUCUCUCCACGUGAAGCACGCCAAACAAUGGAUGAGAAGGAUAAGAAAAUUCAGGAAUUAACAGCAGAGCUUCGGCUUAAAAAACGGUUGUGUGCAACAUAUCAAGAACAGUUGACUUCUUUUAUGAAAAUUGUUGAAGAGCACAAUGAGAAGCUAUCUGCCAAAAUUCAUCAUGUAGUUAAUAAUCUUAAAGAAUUUGAAUCCAUAGAAGAGCUUUUGCACCAGACAUAACCAUGCAUCAUGUCACGGUGUGACCACUAAAAUGUGUCGUGUUCAAAGAAUGAUCCUUUAAUCCUUCAUGAAUUGCAUUCCCUGAUUCAGUGAAUACUUUGGUAAGGCUAACCUAUUUUUUUGGUGAACCGAUAAUGCUAGCUUUGCAACCAAGAGAAGGCCACCAUAUAUAUAUAUAUAUAUAUAUAUAUAUAUAUAUAUAUAAACUGUGAAGUUAUAUUGCUUGUCAUAGUACUUAAAAGCUAAAAGAGGUUUUGUGACAUUUUGGCCACUGACAAACUAGUUACGUCCCUUUAAGCCUCAGGGUACAAUGUAAUCUUGUAUCAUUUUUGUACUCCCCUAAUUUUACAGAAGAAAAUGUAAACAACAAUGAUAUUGUGACUUGCUUAGUUUGAAACUACUGUCAGCUAAAUAUUACUAUUUGUUAUUACCAGAUUCAGAAGUGUUCUCCUGAUCAAUCUUCACUAACAAUUUGAUCUCCUACUUGGUAUGCUGAACUCCUCUAGGCGGUGGGGUGGUACCGAGAGCUUCUUCCGCACUCAUUCUGUUUACAGGAUUUUGUUGAAGUACACCAUGCAAAAAAUAUUUUGCCUCAUCGCUUAGCCGUGGCAUCCCAGUAAAGUCCAGUGAGCCAUAUGUGAUCACAUCAAAGAUGUUACUUCCAAAAUAUUUCAAGAAGGGAUGUUGUCCACUAAAUAGGAGAUAAAUAAUAAUGCUUAUGCUCCAAAAGUCUGAAGCAUAGCUCGACUUCCCACUCAAAACCUAAUUUAGUAAAGUGUACCAACAUACAAUGAAGAUCCUCUCCCGUUUCUAAGAACUGGGAUAAUCCAAAAUCAGAAGCUUUUAAUGUUGAAUUUUUGCUAGAUGAUCGAAACAAAAAAUUCUUAGGUUUAAAAUCUCUAUGAACCGCAUGGUGUGAAUGACACUGAAGUGAUGUUUAGCAUUUGUCUCACAAUUGGAAUUACUUCCCUCUUCAGCAUACCGCUGAUGCUUCUUGGUGAGUGUGCGCUCCAAAAGGUUGUCUCCCCUACAUAGUUCCAUAACAAUGUAGACAUUGUAAUUAUCUCCAUAAGCACUUUGAAAUUGGACCACAUUUUAGAGGCCCUGGCCAAUCAACGACUUCAUAAUUCAAAGUUGCUGAUUUUGGAUUAUCCCUCUUAAAAAUGGAAGAGGAUCUUCAUGAUAGUGUUGAUACACUUUACUACAUUGCGCCUGGGGUUGAGUGGGAACUCAAUUUAUGAAGUGGACAACACCCCUUCUUGAAAUAUUAUGGCAGUAGACCACAUAUGGCUAAACUAUGAGGCAAAAAAGAUUUUUUUGCAAGGUGUACUUCAACAAAAUCCUGCGAACAAAAUGAGUGCAGAUUAACUCUCGGUACUGCCCGGAGGAUGAGAUCAGAUGCUGGUGGAGCGGUCUAGAGAACACUUCAGAAUCCGGUGAAAACACUAUUGUUUAUAGGACAAAUGUGUUGGAAUGUUUUAUCAAGCGAGAAACUACUCUAUAAUGUAAUCCAUCCUAACUUUUUCUUUGUAUAUAUUUGUCAAUACUUUAGUAAAAAUUUAAAACGUCAUAAAUCUUA